ACUAACGGAAAACCAGCUGUGCCAGUCUCAACAUGAAGAGUCUCAGAGCAAAGUUCAGGAAGAGCGAGACCCAGGAGUGGGGUAAACAUGACGAGCGUUUGUGGCAGGCAGUGGAGCAGGGAGAUGAAGAGAAGGUUGUUGCUGAACUCGGGAAGAAAGCUUCACCUGGCAAAAUGGGACCGGAAGGGACAUCAGCGUUCCACCUUGCUGCGUCCAAAGGUCAGCUGGAGUGCCUGGACAUCAUGGUGGCUCAUGGGAUAGAUCUCAUGGUGACCGACACGGCCGGGAGAACUGCACUUCACUCUGCGGCCAGAGGGGGCAGCGCUGAGUGUGUAGAACGGUUAUUGCAGAACAAGCUUCCUGUGUCCAGUGAAGACACAGAUGGGAUGAGCCCUCUGCACCAUGCAGCUGCAGGAGGCCACAUCUCAGCAGCCCUUGUGCUGCUACAGUACCAGGCUUCCAUCAACGCUCAGGAUAAGGAAGGGAAGACCCCCAUGAUGCAUGCUGCCAGUGCAGGCCAUGUGAACAUGGUGAAGCUACUGGUGGACCAGGGAGCCGACAUGAAUGCACAGGACGGGGUCACUAACAGUACUGCGUUGAUGCAGGCGUGUGAGCGAGGAAACACGGAGGUUGUGGAGCUUCUGGUGAGGAAGGGCGCGAAGGUGGACCUGCAGGACGUGCUCGGGCAGACGGCGACGGACUACGCUAAAUCAGCCGGGCACAACGAACUGCUGUCUGUACUGGAGAUGGCACCUUCCACUGCUACAUGGGACAUUGAUGAUGGAGAGGAAGAAAGCCCCGUGAACCCAGGAGAAGUGGACUAUGUCGCUGCCUUUGAUGCCUCCGAUGAGUCUCGACCCGCCAGCCCCAGACGGUCUUCCACAUCACCAGGCAGACAGGAGGUAGUGUCAGUGGACAGUGGUCAGUCAUCACAACACACCGUAACCAACUCUGCUACAGCUGUGGCGGACAGGGGCAGUCGGGACUCUCUCUUACAGGAGUUGGAAGAGGAAAAUGAGAUGUUGAAUGAGGAGGUGAACAAACUGAGAUCCGCCCAGCAGGAGGCAACAGACAUGCUGCACAGGCUGCAGGACGAGAUGGACAAACAACAGAAUUCUGACACAGAAGAAAAGUUGGAAGACGAGGUGAAAAAGAGAAUGGAGCUGGAAGAUGAAGUGAAACUCCUGAAGGCACAACUCGCUACCUACCAGCCAGACGAUGAUGAUGAUAAAGACAGCGACUCCUGGGGAGACAGCGAUGAUGAUGACCUGUUUGACCUUCCCGGGACAGAGAAAACAGGCACGAGUCAGGGUAAGCAGAAGCCAGCCCCUGGAGGCGAGGACCCGCAGCUGGUGGCCUUGCUGAGAAGUCAGGUGGUCUCACUACGGCUGGAGAACGACAGGCUCAAGGAACAGCUCGAGCAUGUUGAGGACGGCCGGUCCCCAGCUGCAGACCCCGGUGCUGCCGGUGAAAACGGGUUUCCUGAGUCCGUGCCUCUGUCCGAGUACGAGAGACUGAAGGCCGACUCCGUGUCUCGGGCUGACUUCGACAGACUCAAGUCCGAAUCUGUCUCCCUGUCGGAGUUCAACGACCUCAAGGCCAGCACGGUUUCCAUGGCAACCUACAAACAGCUGCAGGAAGAUUCCAUUCCAAGAGAGGAGUAUGAAAGGCUGAAAACGGACACAGUUCCUCGGGAAGAACUUGACAGACUGAGGGAGGAAACUGUUUCCAUUGCAGAGUACGAGAAACUCCGAGCUGAAACGGUCUCUAAGUCAGAGUUUGAGAGGAUAAAAGCAGAGCUGGUCUCACUCUCACAGAGCGGGAAAGAUGAUGCAGAAACCGUUCCGCUGGAAAUGUACGAAAGGCUGAGAGCAGAGACAGUGCCGAGGGCAGAUUACGAGAGACUCCAGUCAGAAACAGUGUCACGAGACGAGAUGGACAAGCUCAGGUCUGAGAUGGUCCCCAAAGCAGACCUUGAGAAGCUGAGGUCUGAGACGGUCCCUAAGGAGGAAGUCGAUGACUUGAAGACGUUGAUGGUGAGUCUUGAGGAGUUUGAGGAACUGAAGGAGGCCAACGACUCGGAAGUCGAGUUCCUCAAUAAGAAGGUGGAGGAGGCGGAGAGGCAGUGUCAGGAAGCUAAGGCAAUGGUGCAGAAGUUAGAAGAUGACAACGCCUCCCUGACCAGGAAGUUAGAGGACCAGGUUUCUCCAAGUAAAGUUCUCGCUGACAAACAUUCUCAACAGGUGAAGGACCUGAACAGCAAGCUAUCGCAGCUACAGGAGUUUAAUGAAGAACACGUCGAGACGGUCAAAAUCACCAAAGAACUUCUCAGAGAGAAGGAGAGAGAGAACAGGGAGCUAAAACUAUCGGUGAAAUCUCUCCAACGGGAGGCGGAAGACGCGCAGGAGGAAGUCUCACUUCUUAAGGACCAGCUUAAGAAGGAGACGGAAGACGCAGCUUCGAGAAGCUCCUCGCAGGAGGCAGAGGUCAAGGUCAUGAAGCAGGAGGUCAAGUCGCUGGAAGGUCGGGUGAAGAAACUGACGGAGGAAAGUUUGCAGCUGAAGGAACAGUUAAAGGACCGUGAGAAAGACUCCGCCAGCAGAGUAGCGGAGCAAGAGAACCACCUGCUCGAGCUGGAGACUCUGAGCUUCGAGUUAGAAACCACCAAACAGGACAAGUCGAAACUGGAGAAGCAGCUGAAGCUGCUACAAGAAGAAGCCGCCAUGAGGAAAACCGACGAGAACCAACAGUUGGAGGAGAUGGACAGACUUAAAGAUGAAAUCCAGGAGUUAAAGUCAGAAAACCUGAAGUCUAAGGAGAAACUCAGAGACCUGGAAGAGGAGAAUUCUCUCAAGGCUACGUUUGUGGAGAAAGAAGCUGUCCAGAUGCAGUCUUUGAGAGAUAAGGUCGAGGCCAUGGAAGGAGAGAACUUGGACUUGAAGGUUGAACUUGAGGAAGCGAAGGACGUCACCGCGCAGCUGAACGACAGAAUAAAAGAGCUGCAGGAGGAGAAGUUACAGAAGGUUGGAGAAGCCGAGGAGAGAGAGUCUGUACAGAUGCAGACACUGCGGGACCAGAUCAGCUCCUUACAGCAGAAGAACAGCCAGCUCCAGCAGAGCCUCAGCAGUCAGGACGGGAGGAUGAAGGAAGCUCGUGACAUCAACACACAGCUGGGCACGAGGGUACAGGAGCUGGAGCGGGAGAGAGCGCUACGUAUCAUUGGGGACGAGACAGACUCCAACAAGAUGCAGUCAUUGAAGGACCAGGUGCAGUCUUUGGAGCAGGAGAAGCAGCAAGUCCAGGACAGACUGAGGCAGAAGGAAGUGCAGUCCCUGGAGCAGGAGAAGCAGCAUCUGGAGUCCAGGCUGAGGCAGAAGGAGGCUGACAUCACAAACAGGGCAGCGGAGGACGCACAGAUCCAGAGGAGGUUGGAGGAGUUUAAGUCAAAACUCGCUCGACUGGAGGAGAUCAACAAGGAACAACAGACAAGACUGGAGAAGCAGGAGUCAGUGAUAGCCACGUCAGCAGCAGACGGGAAGCUGAAGAAACAAGUUGAAGUCCUCAGGAGUCAGGUUUCCAGACUACAGCAACAGCAUGUGGAAGCCACCAGGAGACAUAAGGAACAGAUCAGCACGUACCGUACUCACCUGCUCAGCUCCAUACAGGGCACGAUGGACGUAGAGGUGGAGACAGCCCUGAAGCAGAUUCUACAAGUCCGGGGGUCAGCAGAAGACUAUUGUUAAACUCAAACGUCUACAAGUGACCACAUCUACAUAAGGACCACCCAGUGUUAACGUCACACUUCAAAGAAGCCACGUGACAAGCUUCCCUGGGUCAGUCUCUGGUCAGUCUACUGAGGAAGACCAGAGUGACUGGUCAAAAGCUCUAGGUGAGAGAACUUUUUGUGUUGGACCAAAAGUAUUAACUUUAAACAUGUAACUACCAACACAGAUGAACUUUCAUGAUAGUGACUACCUGUCCACCUAGACCUGAGAUUUUAUUGGUCCCUUGAUUCAAAUCUGCUACUUCUCUUGAAUAUAGUUAUUUUUUUGUACAAGGUGGAGGGUAGGGGAAUUGAAGAAAGGUACAAUAUGUACCUACGAAUAUGUCAUUCCUGCAAAAUGUAAAUGAGAUUACCAGAUACAAUUUUUUAAUCAAGUUUUACAUAAGUCAAGAUGCAUAUUUUUUAUGAAUGACAUUGUGACAGUAUAUACUCAGUGUCUUUGGCUUUUUUUAAUCAGGUUUGAUGAUGUUGACUUGACAUAUUAUAUAAUUGUGCAUUUUACAAGGUUGCAGAUAUUCUAGAUAGCAAAAAACUUUUAAAUGCAAUGUAAUAAUCAGGAAUUCUAUCCAUAUCCAUGACAAUAUGCAGAACAGUGUACAUUGUACAUGCAACCCACGUAGUACAUGUACAUUAUUUUCAAUUAUUCAGGUUUAAACAAUGUUAAAAUCACUGCAAUGUCUUCUCAUGCUACCUACAUUUGUACUGUUGUCGUACUUUUGAUAGUCUAUCCAAGUUUGAAAUGUGUAGGUUUAUAUAUGCAGAUACAUUUUGUAAAUAUUUUUGACAUUAUGAAAUGUUUUAAUGAGCCAUGACUGUGGAAUGUGUAAUUGUGCCCUAGUCUCCUAUAGGGCAACACAAAUUGCCUAUGCAUCAGAAAAAGGUUAUUGCUUAAAUGCCACAUAAUUUACAUCAUUGUUUAGGCCAUACCAAUUUAAUUUGUUGGUUCUCGGAUUUUUUCAGAAAAAAUAUGAAGUGACGGUGAAAAAAAUGAAAAUGAAAACAGUU